AUGAUGUCUCUAUUUAAUAGUAAAAUAUAUAUUUAUGGCUUGUUGAUACUAUUUGGGACUACUUUUGUGAGAUCUGACAGCGACGAUGAUGGUGUCACUGUUGAGCUAUCUAACUAUGGCAAUCAGAUAAGAACGGUUGAAGAAGAGGAACAAUACCGCAGUCCACAGAUAAACAGAAAAAAUGUAUAUUUGGCUGAACACUUUGAUGAUGAGGCAGCAUUUAAGAAAAAGUGGGUCAAGUCAGAAGCAAAGAAACAGGGAGUUGAUGAAAAUAUUGCCAAAUAUGAUGGCAAGUGGGAGAUUCAAGCACCUUCUAGGCGAAUUCUCAAAGAUGAUCUUGGAUUGGUUCUGACAACUGAAGCCAAGCAUGCUGCCAUUUCUGCUCUCUUGGACAAGCCUUUUGAGUUCAAGGAUAAACCAUUUGUUGUACAAUAUGAAGUUACAAUGCAGGAGGGCCAAAACUGCGGUGGUGCGUAUAUAAAACUGCUCUCCCGCGGCACCAAUACGAAGGCCGAUCUUCGCAAGUUUCACGAUCAGACUCCCUACACUAUUAUGUUCGGUCCUGACAAGUGUGGCAACGACAACAAGCUGCACUUCAUCUUCAGGCACCAGAAUCCCAAAAACGGGACCAUUGAAGAGAAGCAUAGCAAAAAGCCAAGCCAACGCCUGGAUGAUAUCUACAAAGACAAGGAGCCUCACUUGUACACGCUGAUUGUCCGGCCUGACAACACCUUCAGUAUCCUGGUUGACAACAAGGAAGUAAACGCAGGCUCGCUGCUUGAAGACUUCACGCCUCCCGUCAACCCGCCGGAGGAGAUCGACGACCCCAAUGACAAGAAGCCAGAAGAAUGGGAUGAGAGAGAGAAGAUUGUAGACCCUAGCGCCACCAAACCAGAUGACUGGGAUGAGGAAGCACCGGCUCAGAUAGUUGAUCCCAAUGCUGUGAAACCUGAUGGAUGGCUAGAUCAUGAACCAGAGAUGAUCCCAGAUCCCGAAGCCAAAAAGCCAACAGACUGGGACGAUGACAUGGACGGCGAGUGGGAGGCUCCCCUAAUCGACAAUCCGGCUUGUGCAGCUGCUCCGGGCUGUGGCUCGUGGAGCCCUCCUCUGAUUCCCAACCCCAACUAUAAGGGUGUGUGGCGGGCCCCGCUGAUUCCCAACCCGAACUACCGGGGAAAAUGGAGUCCGCGCCGGAUCCCCAACCCACACUACUUCAAGGAUGACCACCCCUUCAAGAUGACACCUAUUCAUGCGGUGGGUUUCGAACUAUGGUCAAUGUCACCAAUGCUUUUGUUCGAUAACCUCAUCAUAACAGACGAUCCAGCGGUCGCUGAGGAGUGGGCUCAGCUCACCUAUGCAGUGAAACGCGCCAAGAUCUCAAGCGAAUCGGAGAGCAUGGUGGAGUGGGUGCUGCGGUGGGCUGGCUCCAGGCCUUGGCUGGCGGGCGCAGGCGCGCUGCUCGCCUUCGCGCUGCUGGCCUUCGCCGCCUACUGGUGCUGCGGACCUUCCGCGCACGAGCCGGAAAUGGAGUACAAGAAGACUGAUGCUAUGACCGAGGACGAUCCUCACCAGUCGGACACGGAGGAGCAUGCGCCUGAGACUCGCCCGAAGGCCAGCAAGGCCAACCUCGAGGGACCCGAGCCCGUGGUGGACUCGCCACCGGACCAACCUGAUGACCAGGAUGCCGUUGUCGACUCCACUGAGCAGCCUCAAAUAGACACCGAAGGUGCCGGCGACGGCCAGAGGAAACGGAAACCCCGGAAGGAGUAA